GGGAGCGAGCGAGUGAGUGAGUGUUUACUUCCGGCCGCCGGGCUGAGGCCAAGCUAGUCGGGCGGCGGGCGCGGCGGCCCGGCGCAGCCAUGGACUGGCUCAUGGGGAAGUCUAAGGCAAAGCCUAAUGGCAAGAAGCCUGCAGCAGAGGAGAAGAAGGUGUAUCUGGAGCCGGAGCACACCAAGUCCAGGAUCACUGACUGCGAGUUCAGGGAGCUGGUGGUGCUGCCCCGUGAGAUCGACCUCAACGAGUGGCUGGCCAGCAAUACAACGACGUUUUUCCACCACAUCAACCUGCAGUACAGCACCAUUUCUGAGUUCUGCACAGGGGAAACGUGCCAGACAAUGGCCGUGUGCAACACGCAGUACCACUGGUAUGACGAGCGAGGGAAGAAGGUGAAGUGCACGGCCCCGCAGUAUGUGGACUUCGUUAUGAGCUCUGUGCAGAAGCUGGUGACUGAUGAAGACGUGUUCCCCACUAAGUACGGCAGAGAAUUCCCCAGCUCCUUCGAGUCCCUGGUGAAGAAGAUCUGUCGGUACCUGUUCCAUGUGCUGGGCCACAUCUACUGGUCCCACUUCAAGGAGACCCUGGCCCUAGAGCUGCAUGGACACUUGAACACGCUGUACGUCCACUUCAUCCUCUUUGCCAGGGAGUUCAACCUGCUUGACCCCAAAGAGACCGCCAUCAUGGAUGACCUCACUGAGGUGCUAUGCAGUGGAGCUGGCGGUGGCAGUGGGGCUGGUGGGGGCUCAGGGGCACAGAACCACGUGAAGGAGAGGUGAGCCCUGGGCGGAUGCAGCUGCACACGUGUGGAAAGACGGUCGCGUGUGCUCUGUCCACGCGUCUGCGUGUGUGCACACGUGCCUGGGCACACUCUCGGCGAGGGGCCGGGGGAUCCCGGCUGUGCGGGAGCAUGGCUCCACGGAUGCCAGCAGGGCCGUGCCGUGUUUCUCAGCUCCCUGUUGGGUGGGUGAGUGCCGUUUGUAGAGAAGAGCCUUUGGAUUCAUUCACGCAACCAACAUUUACUGGACUGAUGCUUUGAGUUCCCUUCUGUGGGUUUUCCUUUCUCUGGUCUUCCAGGGGCCUUGCCCUUCCCUGCCCUCCGCGGGGUUCAUGGCUGGUGGGGCUCCCUGUGAGGGGCUGGGUUUGCAGAUGGGGCUUCUGUUCUGUUUGUGGGGUGGAC